AUGCUGGGGGCAUUUCGGACCACCCGUACUGCGGCCCUCCAAGUGUUGAUGCGUGCUCCUCCGCUGGCGCUCGAACUCGAUAGGGCGAAUGCGGAAUUUCAUCUCUUCGCCCUGCGAGUGCCGGUGACUUACGGCGAGCUGUCCAUUUCGCCGCGCCAGGUCCUCUUUCCGGUGGACCCGUGGGACGCACACCCUGCGGAUGCGCGUACGUUUUCGUUUCGGCGCCUUUCGCGGAACGAGGCGUUCCAGGCCUCUCGAAGUGAGGGCGUCCAUGUUUUUACGGACGGCUCAUUUACGUCCCUUUCGUCGGGAGCGGCGUUUGUCGUCCUGGGACCCCGGGGAAGGAUCGGCGCGGUGGGGCGAUAUUCGGUGAGCGAGGCGACCAGCGCUUACUGCGCCGAGCUGAUUGCUUUCAUGGAGGCGCUGGCGCACAUUCGGGGGAGGGGCGUCCGUGUGCCCGUGCACAUGUAUACGGACUGUCUAUCGCUCCUGUGCGCGUUGUCGGUGCCAUCUACGGCGGACCCGCGGAUCAACAACAUCAAGGCGUUGCUACACGAAAUCUCGCGCUCGACGACUGUCUGCCUAUACCUCGUACCGGGACAUAGUGGAGUGUUCGGCAACGAACUGGCCGAUUUCUUGGCAUCCCGAGCCGCAGUCGUCGGCGCGCAGAGGGUGGCGCCUAUGUCCUUAGCGGCCAUUCGAUCAGCGUUUCGGAGAGCGCAGCGGGCGCAGUGGGCUCGCCAGUGGCAGCGAGAUAAUGCGGACACGGCGCUGUUUCGCUGGGUCCCGCGACUCGAUGAACUUCCGCCGUUUUUCCCCCCGCCGCGCCCGCUCGUCACGCUUCUGACGGAACACGGGCGCUUCCCCUUUUACUUCUAUCGGUUCAGGUUAAUGAGCGAACCCCGAUGCCCCUGUGGUGCCUUGUGCGAGUCGAUGGAGCACUACAUCUAUGAGUGUUCAAUCACUCGCGAGAUCGCACAAACCAUGGCGCCGUCGGCCGCGCUCGCGAGCAGAAACUUCCCCGUCCUGCUAAAGUCGCCGCGCAACAGGGCUAUCCUCAUUCGCAUCACACACCUCGUCAGUGCCAGCAUUCCAGACGUCUCCAAAUGA